UGAGAACGAGCAAAAAGCCAGCUUAGGCGGCGCACCCGCGGCCAAAAGGUCUCACGGAGGGCCCAAGGCAGUAAGCGGCGACCCAGUUCCCCAGCCGAUACGCUGGGUUCGAGGUAGCGCGUCUCGGAUCGGCUUAAAACAACAAAACAUCAACAAGGAGGCGUUACAAGCAGUGCGUCCCCGUACGUGGCGCAGCGUCCGCUCAACACCCCAUCAGUAGCUCCGACCAUGCGUGCCGUAUUCACGGCGUUCGCGCUCUUACAGACGGCGGCGUUCCAGACGCCACGGCUGCGCCGGCCGCCCGCGUCGACGCGCAUACGCCGACCACCGACGAAACUGAGAGGCGCGCCGAUCGGCCCGGCCGAGGUCGAGGCCGCCGUCGACGCGGCCGUCAAGGCGGCGCUCGCCACGGCGAAGUCCUCGACCUUCUGGGAGGUCACGACGGCGUUCAUCGCGGGCGGUCUGUUCUUCUCGGCUGCUGCCGCGUUUGCGGGAGCCGUAUAUACUUAUGGUGAGGAGAACGUGAGGUAUGGGCUGAAGCUAGUCCGAAGGAUGAUCCUGCGGAGCUGGGAGUUGUUCGUGGCGGGCCUGGGCGCGGCGAAGGACGAGUUCCUGACGCCCGGUGCGGGCAGAAAAAGGUGGCGCAAGGCGUGGAAUAGGAUUGGUUCCGGCGUUCUUGAUGCGCGAAAAGCGGCGAGAGAAAGUGUCGAAGCCAUCAAGGCGGAAGCUAGGUUGCAAGCCUUCGCGCUGGGCGCGCCGGGGCUCCAGUUCCUGAAUCACAUCGUCGACCGGUUGACGCCCUUGAAGCUCGCCGCGGCCUGCGAGGAAGCGAUAAAAGGAGCGUGCGCCGACUUCCAGCACCCGUCGGCGCGCAAACUCGAGCUGAAAUCGUUUCAGAUGGGCGCGAAGCCGCCUCAAUUGAAAGCGGCGAGAGCGUACGACGUGGGCAAGGACGCGAUGGCCUUCGACUUUGACGUCAAGUGGCAGAGCGAGCUGGACGCGAAUAUCGAAGCCCAUCUCAAAGGCCCGAUGGGCAUCCAGGCGGGGUCCGUGCCCGUUUCCUUGAAAAACGCGCGCGUCGAGGGCACGGUCCGGCUCGUGCUGACGCCGCUCGGGUCGGAGGGGCCGGGCUUCGGGGCGUCUCUACUCAGCUUCGCGAAGAAGCCCGCGAUCGGGUUGGAUUUGCGGGUGGCCGGUGGAGAGGUCACGAAGGUGCCGUGGCUCAAGAAGGAGCUCGAGGGCGGCGUUCUACAGGGUCUCGAAGAUACGAUGCUCUGGCCGAAACGGGUCGUGGCGCCCGCGGACGACGAGACGGGGCGGCCCUUGCUGUCGGCCGAUCAAUUGGCGGGGUUAGUGGAUGACGACCCGUUACUCCGGUUGGAGCGGGAGUUGGAAGAAAAGCGGAGCGUGCUGGGAGUAAAUGAAGAGGAAAAGGACGACGCCAAGGCCUUCCUCAUCGAGCUCAACCCGCCCGAGGUGCGACGGGAGGAGACGAAACCGCCGCGGUGGCAGCGCCAGCUCGCGGGCAUCAAGAAGGGCAUCGCCGCGAAGACGCAGAAGAAGGUCGCGGCGAAGCACGACGCGGCGACAGCGGCACACGCGCAGCCGACGGCCGUCGACGUCGCCGAGGCGACGGUCGAGGAGCUCGCGCGGCGCGCGGACAAGGGCGUCAAGAAGGCCCAGGCCGAGGUCCACAGGGCGGCCCUGGACGCGUUCGACCUCAACGGCGACGGCAAGGUCGACGCCGAAGAUUUUAAAAUUGCCGCCGAGCGGGCGAAGAAGGCCCUCGACGAGCCGCCGGCCGCGGCGAGCCUCCUCCCCUUUGCUGACUAAUUUUUACGUAUUACA